CCAGAACCAGCCCGCAGAGCGCGGAGGGGGUUUGGCCGUAACCUACAUCUUGGACGCCAUUGAGCCUUGUUCUUAGUGGGGUUGGCCGUUCACUCUGACGCCGUGCACUCGGGCAACCUGGAGCUAAUGAAAUGGCUGGCGGCGGCGGGCGCGCGGGCGGCGGCGGCGGCGGCGGCGGCGGUACGGGAGCAGCAGCGCCGCCGCCGCCAACAGGGGGAGCAGCAGGAGGGGCAGCAGGGGCAGGAGGGGCAGGAGGGGCAGGAGGGGCAGGGGUCGCGGCAGCAUCAAGACGGAGAGGGCACCGCAGAAGGCGACGCAAGAUGGGGUUCGGUAGACCCUGCUGAAGGCGGCAGGGCCGCCAGUGGCGGCAGUAGCAGCGGCAGCAGUAGCGGCCAGUGCGGCAGUAGCUGCUACAGCCUGGCUGGCGAGGAGGGCAUCAUGGCGGCCGCGUGCGGGUCCGCCUGCUGCGGCGUGGAGGCGCUGGAGUGGCUGGCGGCCCACGGCUGCCCUCUGUCGCCCGGCUGCUGGGCGGCGGCGGCGGGCGGCGGCAACAGCGAGGACAAGCUGGAGUGGAUGCGGCGCCGCGGCUGCCCGCUGCCGCAGUCUGCCUCGGCGGCUCACGACCUGUACGUCCGCGCCGCCUGGGCCGCCGACCCCGUCACCCUGCGCUUCCUGCGCACCCGCCUGGCGCUGCCCUGGAGCCGUGACGGCUGGGAGCUUACGGCGGUGAUGGACUCGUGGCCCUCGUGCCGCACCGACGUCGCCACGAUCGCCUGCAUGGCACAGCUGGGCUGCGUGCUGCGCCCCGCGGCGUUGCGACAGGCGCUGGAGGGGCUGCGGCAGUGGCUGACGCAGUGUGGCGAGACCGAAGAGGGCGGGCCAAUGGUGGUGUGGCUGCAGCAGAAGCUGGAGGAGGCGGCGGAGGCCGCGCGGGCGGCGCGGGGUCGGCGGUGGUGGUGGCGCGGCGGCGCGGUGGGCAGCACGGCGGCCCUGGCCGUGGCAGCAGUCGCCGUGGGCUUGGGUGCGGGCGCGCAGGCGGUUGUAGCGGCAGCGCGACGGCGGGGGCGGCGGCGGGGGCCACCCCGGUCUUGACGGCCAAGGCUAGAGCAGCAAUGGACGGAGGUGGCCUGCAGGAGGUAUGCACAGUGACGAGACGUGCAAUAGGUGAAUAGCGGAUCAGUGGCGGCGCUUCUUCCGCGUGUUCUCAGGACUUCGGGGCGAGUUGACCACCGGAUGGGACGUACAGUGCCGCAUGGGCGCGGGGGGCUGGCUUCAGGUUCAGGCUCCGACAGGUCGACAGGUUGCAGUGCAUGCAGACGCGCCGCUUACUACACUUAUAACACAUGUAGACUUUGAGGAGAAGUGAGGUACACCACAGACGAACGAUCCCUGCCAUUUUUACCACACCCUUGUUUUAGCACCAAUCACACACACAUUUGCGGGCGCGCAGUAUCAGUGAUUGCAUGCUUAGACGGGUAGAUUCCGUCAGCUCGUUCAACGUCUCGGUUUCGAGCAAGCCAGGGGCUUGGCGCAGCGUGAUCUCUCGGCGAGGUCUUCCCCGCUUUGGCUGCUACCAUACAAGUUUAUCUCACAGAAACAUCUGUGCGACAGGUUCAUGCUGGCGCGGGCCUGCGAGUGGCAAACGAUUCCAAGCAAGUUGUUCAAACUCUAUGGCAUCGCGCGUUCUUGGACGGCCCAGGUCCUUCCAUAGCAGUCGUAUGACGUCAGCAGCAGGUCCGGUUUAAUGCAAUUAUAAUAAUUUCAAACACCAGCUGCAGGGGCUGAGGAGUCGUGUGGCAUCUAGGGUUUCGACCGACACAGGGAGCCCCACGUCAGCCCAGGCCUAGGAUGCUACUGCCGAUUUGAAUCAGUAUAGCCUGGAAUGCCCGAUGUGCAUCACCGGAAUCAGCCCGGUUAGCUCAGUCGGUAGAGCGCAAGGCUCUUACUCCUGCGGGAGUUGCAACCUUGUGGUCGUGGGUUCGAGCCCCACAUUGGGCGUAUCACAAGCGCAGCUUACGCUGCGAAAGUUUUUGGUUUUUUGGGUCUCUCCAGCGUCAAGGUUUGGGGCCGGCGGUGCCGGGAUCGGGAAAGGGGCUUUUCGUCACCUCAUUGUAUCCACUUGCACAGAGCGGGGCCGAUGUUUUGGGGCUACUGUAGGGUGUCGGGCCAGGGGAUGGGCCAAGUUGCAAGGGAGGGGAACUGCACAGGGCCCGAAACUCGAAAGCAUGA